AGCCUUCAAAGGAACAAGCGCAUGCCCUGCGUCCACGGAUCAAUUUCGGGAAGAACCAGCGAUAAAGAGGGAAAAAAUUACUGUUUUGUAACCAUUCAGAGAUAUCCCUUGGCACCUCGCUCGGAAUCAUGGAGAGAGUUAUCUCAGCGCAGGGCCUCCUUUCCCUCCCUUCCGCGCCGCAAGCUCGCACCUUCCACCAACCCCUCCGCCGGAGGUUUCCCUUCGCCGCCGCCGGUUUCGCCUCCCCGAUCUUCAGGGCGCGGUCGCCGAGCCACGCUGUCCACGGCUUCGACUCUGGGGAGAAAAUCCCAUCGCCUCUGGUGCUGAGAGCUGUCUUCGACCCCCAAAGGCGGCUCCUUUCCUCUCCGCUUUAUGGGAAUCCGAGGAAAGGUCCGACCUUUAGCGCCGGGGCGGCGGUUCCGGCCGGAGGCGCUGGAUUCGCGGAGGGCGAGGCGGAGAAGCCUAAGUUUCUGGGUGUCGAAAUCACAACCCUGAAGAAGAUAGUUCCUUUGGGGAUUAUGUUCUUUUGUAUUCUUUUCAAUUAUACCAUUCUCAGGGACACCAAGGAUGUGCUCGUAGUGACGGCCAAGGGGAGCAGCGCCGAGAUCAUACCUUUCUUGAAGACCUGGGUGAACCUGCCGAUGGCCAUCGGGUUCAUGCUCUUGUACACUAAGCUGUCUAACGUGCUGUCGAAGGAGGCUCUCUUCUACACCGUGAUCUUUCCCUUCAUAGCCUUUUUUGGGGCGUUUGCCUUUUUGCUGUAUCCUCUGCGAGAUGUCAUCCAUCCCACGGCGCUUGCCGACAGGCUCCUGGCGGCGCUCGGUCCGAGUUUCCUUGGCCCCGUUGCAAUUUUGAGGAUUUGGAGCUUCUGCCUCUUCUAUGUCAUGGCAGAGCUGUGGGGAAGUGUUGUCAUCUCCGUCCUCUUCUGGGGGUUUGCCAAUCAGAUUACUACUGUUGCGGAAGCCAAAGAAUUCUACCCGUUGUUUGGACUUGGGGCCAAUAUUGCCCUCAUCUUCUCUGGAAGAACAGUUAAAUACUUCUCUAAUCUACGUAAGAAUUUGGGACCGGGGGUUGAUGGUUGGGCGAUUUCACUCAAAGGAAUGAUGAGCAUUGUUGUGCUUCUUGGAUUUGUAAUUUCUGGAAUCUAUUGGGGUGUGAACAAAUUUGUAGUGAAUGACCCAUCUCUUCCAAGAUCAAACCGCAAGAAGAAGGAAAAGCCAAAGCUAGGCAUGAAUGAGAGCCUGAAGGUUUUGUUGUCCUCUCGAUAUGUGAGGGAUCUAGCGACUUUAGUGGUUGCUUAUGGUAUAAGCAUUAACCUAGUAGAAGUCACAUGGAAAUCAAAGCUCAAAGCGCAGUUUCCGAGUCCAAAUGAGUAUUCAUCUUUCAUGGGUGAUUUCUCCACCGCGACUGGUAUUGCAACAUUUACAAUGAUGUUGGUAGGGAGGUGGAUUCUCCGAAAGUUUGGUUGGGGGGUGGCAGCCAUGAUUACUCCCACAGUUCUGCUUCUAACAGGAGUAGGGUUCUUCUCACUGAUCUUGUUUAGCGGGCCUUUGACUCCUCUAUUGGGAAGUAUGGGUAUUACUCCUCUGCUUGCUGCUGUUUAUGUGGGUGCAUUACAGAAUAUUUUCAGUAAGAGUGCAAAAUACAGCUUGUUUGAUCCUUGCAAAGAAAUGGCUUACAUUCCUUUGGAUGAAGAGAUGAAGGUUAAAGGAAAGGCAGCUAUUGAUGUUGUCUGCAACCCCUUAGGGAAGUCGGGUGGCGCCCUGAUCCAGCAAUUUAUGAUUUUGACAUUUGGCUCGCUAGCUAACUCGACUCCGUACCUUGGAGGAAUUCUUCUAGCGAUCGUUCUUGCAUGGAUAGGUGCUGCCAGAUCCCUGGACUCCCAGUUCUCUCCCUUGGCUAAGGAGCUGCUCGAGAAGGAGAAACUGCUGAAAGAAAAGUCUAAUGCUUCUCCAAUCGAAGCAACAAAAGAAGAAACUGAAGAGUUGCUCGCAGUUGAAUCUGCAUCGGGCGAGAAGUUAUCAAACGGGUCACCUUUGAAUCGAAAAUCAGCCCUGGAAUCUGAGGCUACCUCGGAAACCUUCGGCAAACAUGGACAGUGAAAUUACCUGACCUAGUAAAUAUUACAAGGAUGCUCUAGUAAACUAGAUUACAGUCUUGCAUCAUAUAGCAAUAACAUGAAGAAGGCACUUGAGAAAACUACUUCUCCUCGCCUGUUUUGGUAAGACCCGGGACCUAUUUCAACAUUUUAUCGCACCUGAGUGUGAAUGUUUGUUCGCAAAUAUUAGCUCUUUGAGAACUAUGUCAGUUACUCUACUGAUUCAUGUUUUACAAUAUAUCCAAAUAUUACUCGCCUUCAUUCCUUA